AUAAGGAAAACUCCAUAAAAUAUAAGAGGUGAUCUUCAAGUUCGUUCAGUUGGUUCGUUGGAGCUGAAGUUACUGUGCGGUGAAAGUGUUAAAAUUUGUGCAUACAGGAUGAGAUUCCUUGCUAUAUUCCUCCUGCCACUUUUUGUGAGCUCAGCGUUUGCAAUUAGUGCUUGUGGAGUUUGUGGUGUUCAUUCAGGAGCAAUGUGCAUGGACGAUGCAACCUUCUCAUUCUGUGAUCAUGCGAGCCGAGCACUUCCUGGACGACACAGCUGUCCUACUGGAAUGGUCUGUGCCGACAAUUUCACCAUUUGUGUAAAUGCCACUACCAUUCCCAAAGGAGCCGCUACCUGCGAAACUAAAUGUGGAAAAUGUUCAGCUACCAAUCGUUUUGCUUGCCGAAGUUCAAACACGUUCUCCUUGUGUUAUGGAAACGAGCAGCCAUCGGAUGUGGAGCACAGAUGUCCUACCAACCAAAUUUGCAGCACAACUAAAGACCCCAGCUCCAAACAGUUCUGCUUCGAUCCUGUCACCUUGAAUGACGAGGAUAUUAGUUGCUUUGAUAGCUCGAGACCCUCCAGUGUAUUUGCAAGAUUUAUUGCAGCAGCGAAGUGAAUAACUUAGCUUAGACCCCGAGUAUAAUUAUUGAAUUAAUUUCACCAAAAUCACGAUUUAUUUUUGUUUUGUUUUACGCUAUUAUAUAUAAUCCAAAAUGUCAGAAAUUUAGAAUGAAAUUAUGUGAAGUCAAUGAUUUAGCUUUAAAUAUACAUAUACGAGCAGCUAU